AUGGUGGUCAGCGCGGCGGGGCCGGACCCUACCUACAGGGUGGCCUUCAGGGACAGGCUGGGGGAGGUUCAUGACAGCGCCCUGGCGCCCGACGCGCCGCCGGGGUCGCGGGUCGCGUUCGUCGAGGCGGCGGGCGCGGCGGGAGUGGGGGCGACGGUGCUGGCGGCAGACGCGGGCGCGUGGCCGCCCUCGUUUCUGCUGCGCUGCGACAACGGCCGCGACGUCCCCGCGUCUUACGGCCAGAUCACCCUCGCGAUCGAUGUGGAUCCAGACCCCUACCAGCAGCAGCAGCCGCAGCAGCCGUCGCCGCAGCAGCAGCAACCGCCGCCGCCGCCGCUGCCGCAGCAGCAGCAGCAAUCACCGACGUCGUCGCACCACGCACGCCACCAGAACCCCCUGGCGUCCGCCGCAGCCGUCGUCGCCGCUGCCGUCCGCGCGGGGGCGCCGCCGCAGCCGCCGCCGCCGCCGGCGCUGGCGCCGGCAGCUGCCGCGCAGCUGCCCGCGCCGGUGCCCGGCUACCAGCCGCCGCUGCAGGCCAUCCAGGACGCCCAAAAGGCGGCCAAGUAUGCUGUUUCAUCGCUGUCAUUCGAUGACAUCAGCGGGGCCGUCAAGUACCUGUCUGAGGCGCUGCGGCUGCUGACUCAGCCUGGGGCGGCGCGGUCCUAG